AUGGGCCUCUUGCAGCAGCUUGCCACCCGGCGCUCAAGCAAAUGGGAACCACCGACUUUGCUCGACUGCUUUCUAAAGUCGCCGCUGCAGGCGGUUGUGUACUGGUUCCAUCUCCUCUUCAUAUGGCUGCGAGGCAUUCCAGUGCGGCCCCCCAAAGUUGGCCGCCCUCUGAUCGUCGUCUGCAUUUCCGACACCCACGAUUCACUGGUCCCCAAAGUCCCUGAUGGCGACUUGCUUAUCCAUGCCGGGGACACGACCAGUCUCGGUUCCGUCGCGUCCAUCCAACGCCAGAUCGACUGGCUGGCUGCUCUACCCCACCAGCACAAGGUGCUCGUCGCUGGUAACCAUGACAACUACUUUGACCCGGUGGCCAGGAAGGAAGAGGACGCACUGAGGAACUUGAAGCUGAAUCUCAAAGGCGUCCAUUAUCUCGAGCACAAUGCCCUGGCGCUGUCUUUCAGCAAUGGCCGCCGCCUCAAUCUUUACGGCGCUCCAGGCAUCCCUAAAUGCGGUGGUUCUGACAACGCCUUCCAAUAUCUCUCUCAGGACGACCCGUGGAGAGGUGCGGUCCCCCGAGAUACGGAAAUACUGAUCUCCCACACACCUCCUCUUCAUCAUAUGGACCUGAGCCUUGGCUGUCCGAGUCUACUCGCCGAGGUAUGGCGUGUCAAGCCAUUGGUCCACGUCUUUGGCCACGUCCAUUGGGGCAGAGGCAUGCGAGGAGCAUACUGGGACGACAGUCAAAGAGCGUACGAAAAGUUCAUGGGGCGGCAGGCUCACGGUCCGAUCUACGACAUGAUCCCUUCUAUGGCCUGGAUUGAUGCACUUCGCUUUCUGUUGCUGAACGUCAAGGCUCUCUUGUGGCAGUGGCUCAUGCUGGGCGGUGUCAGGCCGAACGGCAGUGUCAUGAUCAAUGCCGCUGUGCAGGCAGGAAACACAGGGAAAUUGGUGAAAGACGACCCAUUCACGAUUAUCCUGUAA